CGCACUUUUAGUUAAUCGUGAUGUUUUGCAAAUCAAUCAAUCAAUUUAAAUCUAGUUGUUUUGAUCUGUCAAUUAUUUUCGAUUUUUUCCCUUUCCGGUGCUAAAUUUAUUUCUAAUUAUGUUUCUAAGUGUACAUUUAACAUCUUAUUCUUUUUGAUUAAGUAUCUAUUCAAUGUUUUUAAUCUAAAAUAACAGUUUUAUGCUUUACUGUGCAAUGCGCGUUUCUUAUAAUAAUGUCAAAAUUUGUUGGGAAAACAUUCGAAUCACUGAAUUCUAUUUUUAAUAAUUCUGGUUUGUUUCAAAGCGGUCAAAGUAAACCUUCCUCAAAGUAUCAGCUACCAUGGCUUGCAGAUUCCAAAUCUGUUAUCAGAAAGCUGAAAACACUAGAAUCAGAGCAGGAAAAAGAAGAAGUAAUAAAAUCUUAUUUAUCAGAAGCUGAGAAGAGACUAGCUGAGCCUGAUAUAGCUGCUGAAGAAAUAGAAGAUAUUAUAAAUAUGUGCAUGAUUUGUGAAACUAUGGGUUUUCCUACUCCCUUUAUUUAUAUUCAUUGCUUAAAGCUUGCCCAAAAAGGGAAUUUACAGCAAAAACGCACAGGGUAUACAGCUGUUGCAUAUCUUCUAAAUCCAAAGCACGAGUUAGUGGUCUUAUUGAUAAACACAAUUCAAAAAGACUUGCUGAGCUCUAACUAUUUGGAAGUUCUGCUUGCAUUAACUGCAGUGUGUAACCUCAUUAAUGUAGAAACAGUUCAUGAUGUUCUUCACCUUGUAGAAGACAAAUUAAAUCACCCAAAAUCAUCUGUUAGAAAAUCUGCUAUUUUAACACUAGGUCAUUGUCUUCAAUUAAUAGAUAGUGCAAGUGCAUAUCAAAUGUCUUUUUCUAAAUUUGAGAAGGCUUUAACGGACUCUGAUUUAGAAGUUGUUUCUGCUGCUAUUUGUGUUCUCUAUAAAAUUGUACAGGUUUUAUCUGGUGACUAUUCAUAUUUGAUCGACAGCCUUGUUGAACUUCAGAAUCAAAUUUUAUUGCGAAGAGUUCCUCGUAGCAUGACCUAUUGUGAUAUUCCUGCCCCAUGGUUACAAAUAGAUAUUUUGAAACUACUUAAAUACCUCCAGAAAACUUCUGAACAAUCACAAGUAAUUGUCCCUAUGUUAAAGAAAACUCUACAACAGAUUACUCUUCAAUCAACUUUGGCUCAUGCAAUAUUAUAUCAAGUUAUUGAUACCAUCAGUUGUAUAGAAAGUCCUAAUGAUCUUGUUGAAAUGGCCUUAGCAUCAGUAUCAACAUUGCUCAAAUCAAGAAAUAUUAACUUAAAAUUAAUAGGUGUUGAAGCUCUUAUUUUAGUUGUUAAAAGUCUGAAGCCCAGCAUUGCUGCUGCUCAACAGGAAAUUAUAAUGGAAUGCCUAAAGCUUCCAGAUGAAACUUUACAGCAUAAGACUUUGGAGCUUUUAUACUACUUGGCAAACCCUUUUAAUGUCCAGGCAAUUUGUAAGAAAAUGUUGGAUUUCUUGAUUUCUGCUACAACAGAUGCAAAGAAAAAGGAGUUGUCUUUAAAAAUAAUAAAAUUAGCAAAAGCAUAUUCAGAUAGAAAAGAAUGGUAUAUAACGGUUAAUAUUUUAGUUUUGAAUGAGACUGGUUCAGUUUUAUCAUCAACUGAUGUGUAUGACAUUAUAAAUCAUGUAUCACAAGAUACUGUGUUACGUGAACUUGCUAAGAAGUGUUGUCUUGAUUUGUACAAGAGGAAAGAAAAGUUGUCUUAUGAGCUUAUUAAACUUUAUGUUUCUAUUUUAAAUUCAACUUCUGAAUUUGAAGAAGUUUUACCUUACUUGGUGCCAAUUUCUGAUGAGAGUGCAAUGACGUGGAUAUUUAUUUCUUUGACUGACACACUUAUGAAAAGUAAAGAAAUAACACCAGAUUUCACAACCUUUUUAAAGAGCUUAGAUAUCAAUUUUUAUUCUGCUCAGCAGGCUUUAAAACAGCUUUUGCUUAUCAUUGACACCCUGCCAACUUUCAAAGAAUAUGAUGUAAACGAAAAGGUUGAUCCUUCCUUGACAUUUUUGGACAAUUUUUUGGUGCUAUCGUUAGAAGAAAGUGGAUUUUGUUACCAGCCUCUUAGUUACCGCUCAAAUUCUAUCUCAAUGGAUGAAAGUCAACAUAUAUCCAAAGUUGACAUUACAUCAAGCUUCAGUGAUGUUUCAAUUGCUCAAGAAUCUGUAAAUAGCCAAUCCCAAAUAUCCGGAACUUAUAAUGCCAUUAGUUCACCCAGCACUUCAUUUCAAAGCAUGUCUGGCAGUAGAAAUUUAUCAUUUCAAGUACCCAAAGCACUUAAAAAUCUUUGGACAGAGGAAGGGCGUAAGAAUAAAUCAAUUACCAAAACGCUAUCUGUGGAAGAUGUUGAAACAGAUUCAAUUCAAACUGAAAAAGGGAAGGAGGAUUUUUCAGAACUCUUCGCUGGAGUAUCAUGAGAAAAAAUGUUUCAGAAAUUCUGCCAAAUGAGUUUGUUUCUGUAUUAUAAAAUUUAAAUAAUAUUAUUAAAAAGGUUUUAAUAUUGUA